AACCCAACCACAUUGGACUCUCAAGCUCUCAGUGACGGACGCCAGGCGUCAUUGAGACACAGAACUUUAAAACUGUGGGUGAGAACAAAACUGUGCUGAACAAAAUUAAAUUGAAAUUAAAAAAAUCGAUAUAGUGUAAUGUCUGCGGUUGAUCGUCACACGUAAAACUUCGACAAAUAAAAGUGUGCGAGUUAAAAUUGUUGUCUUCUUAUUUGUUAGUUUGUUUUUUAAUGUGAAAAUAUACGACAAACUGGAUGAUUUUUCGAUCAUUGAAAGGAGUACGUGAUUUUAAUGAAGAAAAAUAGAAAAUUUUAUCUUCCUGAUUUUCUGUUUCUUUAUUUGUGUAAAAAUGAUGAAAAUUUUUUUUUUUUUUUUGUUCGAUAAGAAAAUAAACAAAGCUAUAUAUACAUCUUUGCUAUAACAACUAACAUAUUGAUAAUUCAAUGCCAGUCGGACUGGCGGGAUUGAAAAUUUUCUGAACAAGAGCCAAACGACCUCUGCAUAUAUACAAGUACGUGUGUAUAUCUGUAUAUGUUAUGUUGCUGCAACUAUAACGAGAAACACUCACGCGGUUUUCAUUUUCAACUCCAUCCUAAAUAUACGUAAACUAACGUCGAACAUUUUAAAUAUAAUCAUUCGAAUCGCAGUAAAAUUUUACAAUUAAUCCCUGUUUCUUUUGUGGUGUCCUCGUACAGUGUUUUCCAACUGAUAACCCACGCGGAUAGAAAGAGAAGAGAAAUUGCCUCUUUUUUUUUCAUGUGUGUGUUCGAUAGUGAUUCCGUUUUAUUGAACAAUCUUCUUUUCUCUGUUUUACUUGAAGUGCUAUCGUACAAUGGUAUUAUUAAUAGAAGAGCUUUAGGAAAAUGUGACGUAAAAGGGAAAGAAGAAGAAAAAAAAUAGGGCAAUAUCGAGUGAAGUGAGUCCGCCAACCUCGGAAGCAACAGGGAAAACACCUUUACCCCGUAGCCAUAAAACACACCUGUGUUUGACUAGAUCUCACAGUAUUCUUGUUCUCCAUUUAAAUGGAGAGAAGGUAUUACGUCACCUCUUGAAUGAUCGAGGCCUGAACAACACACAGGUUCUGUUAUACCUGCCUACUCAAUUUGAAAAAAUUCGUCUGACCUCACGUGACAUUUUAUAUUUUACAACGAACUGUUUUCUAUUUAUCUAUUCGUAAUAUAUAUUCAUCGCGUUCGUGAAGAGUCGAAAGUGUUGUCAUAACAUUUGGAGGAUACCAAGGGGAAAAGAAUAAAAAAAAAUCGCGUCCAAAAUGGACUCGUGUUUUCCGCCACUUGCGGCCUUGAGUCUGAGAGAUCAUCCGAAAAAGUCAAGCGGGACCCAAAAUUUGGCAAAAAAUCGUCACAGCAGCGGCGAUAACAAUUCUAGCGCCAAUAAUGGUAUAAUUAACGGUGGAAAUACACCGGGAAAAAUUGAAAUUCUACAGGAUCUGGAUCUUUACUACAUCAGACAAAUUGCCCACAAUCUCAAGGAAUAUGAUCUCGAACAAAAAAUCGAAGUUGAGAUUAAAAUGCGGGAGGGAUCGGCGAGACUUUUGGCCGCAGCUAGACACAGGGCACAAAGUCUCGAGGCCGCGAGGGCAUUGCUGACAUCGAAUGAACGAAUGUCAGCUUAUAUGGCGGAACUUCAACGACGAAAGAAAGAACCCUCGAACAAACCAAGUUUACCUGUCAGCACUGCAAGGGUUUCACUUUCGGAUCUUCGGGUACCUCUGAUGUGGAGGGAUUCGGAUCACUUCAAAAAUCGUGGAGAUUAUCGAAGAUUCGCAGUCUUUUGCUUAGCUCGUGUCGGUACCGAAAUUCAUGACACCGCACUUCUUUGCCCAGUAGACAGAGCCCUCACCGACGUCACCUUCCCCGAUAUCCUCGUCUUCAACAAUGUGCCGGCGGAUUUUGAGGUCACGCUUGAAAUAUACAGCCACAUCCUGCAGGAAGAUCUAAGCAUUGCAAGUACGCCGCGGAGAAUCAAGAGAUCGAUUCAUUCCUCAAUAUCCAGAACCGUUGGGAAAAAACUCGCCGCUUCAUUGAGAGAUGAAUUGAACUCUGGAAAAAUUGGACCACAUUUUGAACUUAUGGCUUCUGCAAGACUUACGUUAGACGACACUGAGGAUAAUAUUCAUACUCACGAUCUAGUUCUCAAUAACUUAGAAAAUAAAAGCCACUCGCUUCCUUUGUUCGGACACUUUUGCUGCCGGCUGGCCGCGCAACCCGAAUGUGUUACCAAAGAAGCAUGCAGCGGUCACGUUGUACUAGAUGGACGUAGUUGCUGGGCUAGAAUUCAAGGAUUUACCCUGCAGGCUUGGGACUCCAGAAAACUUGCCGAAGAGGACCAGAACCCGUGGUGCAACGUACCGAUCAACAGAGAAACACUAAUCCAACCCUCAAAGUCGUUGUCGAGAGAACUCCGGAUCAGCAACACCAUUGAUGGUACGGAAAAGAUAACUAUUAUAAAAUUGGACACCGCCGAUGAGGCUCAAAAGUGGGUAAGGCAGCUCGUGGCACACGCAAAAGAUCACUUAAGGUGGAAACACGCAGCCGAAACUAUCCAAGAAGUACCAUCUGUAGAAAGUGCAAGGAACUCCUUCAUUAGUAAUAAAAGACAGGGUUCUCUUUACGACGAAACCCCAUUGAUAGAAUCUGUUCAAUCGGAUUAUACGGCAACACGUCCGACCGUUCAAGAAAUAUUCGGCUUGACACCCAGCACGAGUUUGAGUAGCUGCAGCUCCACGAGCAGCCCUCCGAGCCUCAGAUCUAGGUCAUUGAGCACGAGUGGAUCGAGAAAAUUAGGGACUAAUACUCUACGAUCACAUUGGCCAUUCUCAAAUAAAAGUCACGACUAAAUUUAACGUCCCUUCAAAUAGCUUUUGGACUUAGAGCGCCAAUUGAGGAUUAAUAAUCAAAAAUUUGAGUUCUUCAUACAUAGAUAAAUAUUGACUCAAACGACGACUUAAUCAUUAAAAUUACAGAGCAGCGUUUGAUUAUGUAAUUGCUUGCGUGUAGAACACGCUCAAGACUGAAUUACGUUUAUUGAAGGGAUGACCGAAGCUAUUGGGUGUCCAUCGAAAUUGCAUUUACGAGAAAGAGAAGGUGAAAAUGAAAAAGUAAACUACAGAAAAAUUAUUCGGUAGAAGCGGAAUGAAAAUUCUUAGUAGACAAGAUAUGAUAUUAAUUAAUCCGGAAGAAAUCUCCAACAAUACUCAAUAUUUUCUUUGAAUUGAAACAAACGAAAGAACAAAAUAAUUUUUACUUUGAAACCGGGUACUUCUUCAUUCGUUUUAUCCUUAUUUAAUAUUAUUAGGUUUUUUUUGUUUGACCUUUAGGUUUUUCGGUUUUAUGAUUGUUUCGCGCAAAUAAACCACGUUUACUUGCGUCGAGCGACGUACUGCGGUAAAAAAGAUGUUGCUUAGGUUCGACUAGAGUUGAAAAGUUUAACGAAUUUAUUCUGAGAGGUAACAAAGUGGUCCAUCACGAAGUGCUCUUUAAAAUUCUUAGACUUCUAGGGAAUAGGUGAUAAUCAUUCGUGAUAAACCCAUGAAAUUUUUCUUCAUAUCUUGCGAAUAUAGAUAAAAAAGGAGAGUACGUUUGCCAGUAAUAUUCAUAGUAUCGUAUUCUCCGAUGUGUAAUCAUCAUUCAUGUUUGAAAGUUUAUUCACAGAGGGAAUUGGGAAGUCUAUACUUUCCUCUUUUCAAAAUUCACUUAUUAAUGCGAAUUUUGUCAUCGAAUAUGCACUGAACUGUCGUAUAUUCUCUAUCGUAAAUUAUAGAGUGUUUAAUCCGAUAUGAUAGCCACCUGUUUAGAAGUAUUCUGCUAUUAAUGAUUGUGCGAAUUUGUCCGUAAGUAGACAUAACUAAUGAAUCGUUAGUUUGAAACUCAGUACAAGUGUACGCAUAAUCUUAGCGAACUGCCAUAAUACGUGUAAUCAAUAGCCAUCAGUUGUCUUUUCGUUACUUUCUAAUAAUUACCCUAUUUCUUUUCAUUGCUGUUUUUUUGUUAUUAACUUUUUUCAUGAUAGGAAAAAAUUUUCGUUUCGCGUUUAUACAUGGGUUCAUAAAUUUUCUUCUCGAAAAUAAGUAGUAAAAUAUCUUUUCUUUGAUAUCGCUGUAGGUAAAAUAAAUCAAUAAAUAUGAACGUUUUGUACGUAGAUUUUUUCAUCGCCUUGUAAUUCCAACGUCAAAAAAGUAUACAAUGACUAUAAAAAUUAUUAUUACAAAAUAAUCAAGAAUAUGAUGAUAUUAAUAUUGUAAUCUCUAUACUUUAUAUAAUAAUUAUAAUAAGAUGAUAUAUCUACCACACAUAUAAUGAUUUCUAUACAUGUAAUAAAGCCAGAGUAUUUAUAA